GGCCCCAGGGCCACCACCAGGGCUGCGACCAAGGAUGAAGAUGAGUGGAAAGAGUUUGAGCAGAAAGAGGUUGAUUACAGCGGCCUCCUAGUUCAGGUGAUGCAGAUAAGUGAAAAGGAAGAAGAUGAUAAUGAACAAAGGGAAGAUCCAGGGGAUAACUGGGAAGAAAGUGGAGGAGGUGGCAGAGGCAUAGAAAAGUCUUCGGAUCCCUGGAAAAAGACGGCUCCAGUGCAAGCAGCGCCGGCCCCGGCCAUCGUUCCAGAAAGCCCAGAAUCGGCGAUGACUAGUGGCGUGUACAGAACUCCUGCAGCCAGGUUAACCACAAUGAGGAAGACACCACAAGGGCCACCAGAGAUCUGCAGCGACACACAGUUCCCCUCCCUGCAGUCUACUGCCAAGCACGUAGAAAGCAGGAAGGAUAAAGAAAUGGAGAAGAGCUUUGAAGAAGUAAGACACAAAAAUAGAGGUAGGGAUGAGGUUUCCAAAAAUCAGGCCCUUAAACUUGAGCUAGACAACCAGGACGCUGUGCUUGAAAAUCAGAAAAGCAACCCCACACAGUACAAGGAUGGUCUUUGCUAA